AUGAGCGAGACGAACAGCCGCCGCUCUGGCCACGGAAAUGGGCUUGAGCUGCCCUCAUCUGGAACCACUUUGCGAUCAGAAUCUCUUUCUAGUUUAGGAGAGGCAGAGAAAGCCUCACAGCCAUCGCCGAAUCGGGACAUGGAGAAAGAAGAAGAGGCUCUUGAUCUUGAAAGUGGCGACGGCGCGCAACACCAACAACCACCCAAAGAAGAAGCGCCGAAGGAACCGAAUCUUGUCGAUUGGGACGGGCCAGAUGAUCCCGAAAACCCCAUGAACAUGCCGCAUUGGAAGAAGUGGCUUAUCACAAUGACCAUGUCAUCGAUGACAAUGUGGCUCACGUUUGCGAGCAGUGUGUUCUCCACAGCGACGAGAGUUACAGCACAGCAGUUCAACGUGUCGACCGAGGUCAUGAUUCUCGCAACGAGUCUGGUUGUGUUUGGUUUCGCUUUGGGUCCUCUAAUGUGGUCGCCGCUAUCCGAGCUUUACGGAAGGAAAUAUCCGCUGUUCGCCGGAUACGCCUUGUUUGCGAUAUUUCAGAUUCCCGUGGCUGUUGCGAAGAACGUCCAGACUAUCCUCGUAUGUCGAUUCUUGAUGGGGCUUCUCGGUUGCUCUCCCCUCGCAGUUGUGGGAGGCGCCAUGGCAGAUUUCUGGGAUCCAGUCGAUCGUGCAAUAGCAAUCGCCAUGUUUUCUGCUGCCACAUUCGUUGGUCCCGUCCUCGGUCCGAUCGUUGGUGGCUUCCUGACGGAUUCGUACCUUGGAUGGCGCUGGACGGCUUGGAUUACGUUGAUUGCAUCCGGAUCGUUCGGUACGAUUGCCUGGUUCAUUGUUCCCGAAACCUAUCAUCCUGUUCUUCUGAAGAGACGCGCCGCUCGUCUUCGCCGCGAAACAGGUAACGAAGCUCUUCAUGCAUUCCUCGACAACCACAAGCCAACCCUAUCCGAUAUUGUUCGCAAGUACCUUUUCCGACCCGUUCAGAUGCUCUUCCUAGAGCCCAUUCUCAUCCUCAUCACACUCUACCUGGCGUUGGUUUAUGGAAUCCUUUACCUGUUUUUCGAAGCCUACCCGGUCUCCUUCCAGGAGGUUCGCGGGUGGACCAAUGGAGGCGUGGCCGGUCUUCCUUUCCUAGGCAUCAUGAUUGGAGUUCUCUGUGGCGUUGCCCUGAUCAUUUGGCAAACAAAGACUCGUUUCGCUCGGAAAUUGGCGAAGCACGGCCGUGUUGUCCCCGAGGAACGUCUGAUCCCCAUGAUGAUUGCAUCUGUCCUAUUGCCCGCAGGGCUCUUUUGGUUCGGCUGGACGUCUGACAAGAACAUUCACUGGGCGCCUCAAGUCAUUGCUGGUAUCCCAAUCGGCAUGGGUAUCCUGGUCAUCUUCAUGCAAGGCCUCAAUUACAUCAUCGAUGUCUAUCUCAUGUUUGCCAACUCUGCCAUCGCCGCCAACACUCUGAUACGCUCAUCCGUAGGUGCUAGUUUCCCUCUGUUUUCGAUGCAGAUGUACCAUAAACUUGGUGUGGAUUGGGCGUCCAGUCUGCUUGGGUUCCUCACCGUUGCUAUGAUACCCAUCCCGAUUCUCUUCUUCAUCUAUGGCAAGAAGAUCCGGGCCAUGAGCAAGUUCUCGCCUAAGUUUUAG